AUGGAGCUGCUGAACAUCGUGUUGCUGCUAGUGCCGGCAGUGAUAGCACAGACGGACACACGGAUCAUUGGGGGCUACCCCUGUGAGAGACCCCAGCCCUGGCAGGCCGCUAUCUACGAUUUAAACCGGCUGUACUGCGGAGGGGUGCUCAUCAACAAGGACUGGGUGCUGACGGCUGCCCACUGCAGGCUGCCUGGCACCACCAACAUACGGCUGGGCGAGUACAACCUGCGGAAGGUGGAUGAGACCGAGCAGCUCCGGGUGGCUGCGAAGAUCAUUCCCCACCCCAACUACGACCCCGCCACCAAGGACAACGACAUCAUGCUCAUCAAACUCGCCACCCCCGCGCAGCUGAAUAACAAUGUGCACCCCAUCGCACUGGCCAGCAGCGCCGCCCAGCCGGGGGUCAUCUGCCAGGUGUCCGGAUGGGGCACCACCACCUCCCCACAACCGUCAUUCCCGGCUUUGCUGCAAUGCGCUGACCUCAGGAUCCUCUCAGCGUCGGAAUGUCGACAAGCCUAUUCCAGCCUGGUCACUGACAACAUGCUCUGUGCCGGCGCCAGACAAGGAGGCAUCGAUUCCUGCCAGGGUGACUCCGGGGGUCCCCUGGUAUGCGGCGGGAUCCUCCAAGGCAUUGUGUCGUGGGGGUUGGAGGAGUGCGCCCAACAUAACAAACCGGGUGUCUACACCAAGGUCAGCAAAUACAUCAACUGGAUCCAGCAAACCAUACGGGGUGGGUGA